AGUCGUCGUCGAUUGGGGAUUUUCUGAAAGUGUGGAAUUGCGAGCGGCGGCUCGCUAAGGAUGGCGCUAAUUGCUAGGGCAUUGUGAUUCACACCGGCCAGAUGAAAGUCACGUGGAUUAGUCAGCUUGGAACUCCCAAAGCUGUGUUCGGGUCAGCUCAGCAUCAAUCCAGGAACCACUCUGCAAAGAAACCGGAAGUAACGCAAGCAUCGUCAAAUAACCCAAGCUAGCAAGUAUAUCUCUUUUUCCCACAAUCCCGGAAACUCAACAGCCAAAAUGUUCCCACGUGCAGAUACGCGGUAUCGGCGCCGGUUCAAGCCGAAACAGCUUGAUCUUCUGAUCAACCAAGAAACCGUAAUCUAAUCAGAUCGUUCCACUCUAAGCUUGGCUUCCUCUUCUGAGCCUUUGCACUGCUCCCCAAGCCAAUAGCUCCAAGUCAAGUCUUCUCUUCCCACCGAGCUGGUCUCCUCAUAUCUCCUCUAUCUUCUCCCUCCCUCGUAAAGUCUGUUCCUCUAUCCAUAAUUCCUGUCAACUUUCGGCUUCAUUUGAAGAAGAGUCAAGAUGCAUCUCCCCCUCCCCCUCCUCGCCGUCCUCCCACUCACAGCAGCCAACGCCCUCACACCCCAACACCUCUUCUCCAACCCUACUUCUCCCUCCGAAUCAACGAACCGGAUCCCAACAUCUAGAGAAUCUGCCGUUCUCGCACGGAGAAUCCUGCAUCUUACGGGCAUAGGAACGCUCGCUACUGUCUUUCCAUCUUCGAAGUCGCAUUCAGAUGAUAAGGAUGAGGAUGGAGAGAAGACGAAUGAGCAGCGGCCACAGAAUCUGGGUGGAAUGCCGAUCGGUUUGAUGGAUUACCUCGCAGACUGCGAACCCACCGGCAACCCCACCAUCCUCGCCAUCACCAUCGCCACCUCCUUCAAAAACGUCGCAGCCGGCUCCAACAUCUCCCUCUCUCUAACCUGGACUCCACCAUCCUCCUCCUCGCACCACCAAUCUCCCUACUCCCCCGCCUCCCUCCCGCGGUUCUCCCUCCUUGGCUACCUCGAGCCCAUCUCCCCAUCCGCCAUCACCUCCCUCAAACUCGCACAAUGCUUCACAGCCGCGCACCCAGACGCGAAAUACUGGUUACCGGGUAACCCGAUCCAUACCAGUGAGUGGGUGCGGUUGGUGGUGCAGGAGGUGUAUUGGAUUGGCGGGUUUGGGGAUAGGAAUUAUAUUGGGUGGAUUCCGGUGGAGGAGUGGAGGGGAGUGAAGAGGGGGGAGUGGGAGGGGGUGAGGUUGCCGGGUGAGAGGGAGAAUGGGAAGGAUGUGGAGGGAGAGGGGUGGAUGAAGUGGGUGACGGGGUUGAUGCUGGGGAGGGGAGAGUUGUAG